AAAAAACCUCAUGUUGGCAGCUUUAGUUGAUCAGCUGAAGACGAGUGGACUCCAAGCUGCUCCUGCUGAUCACAGCUAUGCUGGAGCUGAAGAUGUGGCCUGUGAUGUCUGCACUGGAAGAAAACUCAAAGCCAUAAAGUCCUGUUUGACGUGUUUGGUGUCUUACUGUGAGAAACACCUCCAGCCUCAUUAUGAUGUAGCUCAGUUGAAGAAACAUCAGCUGCUGGAGCCCUCCAACAAGCUCCACGACAACAUCUGCUCUCGUCACGACGAGGUGAUGAAGAUGUUCUGUCGCACCGAUCAGCAGAGCAUCUGUUAUGUCUGCACGGUGGACGGACAUAAAGACCACCACAUCGUCUCAGCUGCAGCAGAAAGGAGCCAGAAGCAGGAGCAGCUCCAGGUGAGGAGAGCAAACAUCCAGCAGAGAAUCCAGGGCAGAGAGACAGAYGUGAAGCUGCUUCAACAGCAGCUGGAGGACAUCAACACAUCUGCUGAUAAAACAGUGGAGGACAGUGAGGAGAUCUUCACUCAGCUGAUCCGGCUGCUCCAGGAGAGAAGCUCUGAAGUCAAGCAGCAGAUCAGAUCCCAGCAGGAAACUGAGGCCCGUGGAGUCAGAGAGCUUCAGGAGAAGCUGGAGCAGGAGCUGACUGAGCUGAAGAGGAAAGAUGCUGAGCUGAAGCAGCUCUCAGACACAGAGGAUCACAACCAGUUUCUCCACAACUACCCCUCAGUGUCAGAACUCAGUGAGUCUCCACACUCAUCCAGCAUCAAUGUUGCUCCUCUCAGAUACUUUGAAGAUGUGACAGCAGCUGUGGAGGAGCUCAGAGACAAACUACAGGACAUUCUGAGAGACAUGUGGACAAACGUCUCACUGAGAGGGGCUGAAUGGUUACUGCCAGAACCAGAACCAAGGAGCAGAGCUGACUUCUUGAAAUAUUCCUGUGAAAUCACUCUGGAUCCAAACACAGCACACAGAAAGCUGUUAAUACUUAAAGGGAACAGAAAAGUAACAUUAAUGAGUCAAAACCAGUUUUAUUCUGAUCAUCCAGAGAGAUUCACUAAGUAUUGUCAGAUUCUCAGCAAGGAGAGUCUGACUGGACGCUGUUACUGGGAGGUGAAGUGGGGAGGAACGUGUGUUUCUGUAGCCAUCGCCUACAAAGAUGUUGAUAAAACACAGAGUGAAUUUGGAUUCAAUGAUAAAUCCUGGGCUUUAUUCUGUUACAAAAAAAAUAAUCUGUUUCUGUACAACAAAAGCAGAACUCCCAUCUCAGGUCGUGAGAUCUCCAGAGUUGGAGUGUACCUGGAUCACACAGCAGGUAUUCUGUCCUUCUACAGCAUCUCUGAGACCAUGACCCUCCUCCACAGAGUCCAGACCACCUUUACUCAACCUCUACAUGCUGGAUUAUAUCUGUGGUUUACUGGAAACAUAGCUAAGUUCUGUAAAUUAAAAAAUAAAAUAAAAUCUGUUUUUGAUCCUUACUAAUCUCUCCUUGUGUUGU